GGGUGGAGAGAGGAACAAGCUGAUUGUGCGUCUCAUUUAAUAGAGCCUGUGAGCGCGUUAUCGUCCCCGUCAUCUGCGUCUGGGCGGUCGGUCCUACAGACGCCGUGCGGGCGGAACGACCGGGAGAAGAUGCCGCGUUGAUGUGCGCGGAUAUUUUCUGGCUGCCGGGUCAAUUGGCGGUGCGAUUCGCGUCCCCCGUUCAGGUGGCCGAGACGCUCCGGAGGGAAGGGACGCGGCGCGGGGACCGGACUCGCGCGGAGACUCCUCAUGCGCAUUCUGUGGGAAUGAAGGAAUUAUAAACACGCGCACGGCAGCGGGUCAAAGUUUAUUUCGCAGCAGUGAGCUCCCCCCCCCCCCCUGUUUCUGCGGACAUCGCCGAGCUUCAGACCGACGCCGUGAUGGAAUGACACUUGCGGAGAGGAUGAUGGACACUUUGGCACCGGAGCCCCUGCUCAGAAAUCCUCCCGUUUCCACCCGGCGCGGUGCUGACCGAGCCCUCGGGACGGCGAUCACUCAUUUGUUUUGAAGUGGCAGGAACCCCCCCCCCCCCACCACCACCCACCACCCCUCAGCACCCCUUGAUCGCUUUAUCGCCCCCUCCUCGCAAUCCGAGCGAGAGAUGGUGCGCACAGCGGUUCCUCGGACACUGACGUGCGUACUCAUCACAUUCCCGUUAAGGAGCGCGUCUUAAAGAGCCCCGUUCUUCAUUCAUGUUCAUUCUGCUGCUUUAAACUUGUUGAGCGACGCCAAAGAGCGGGGACGACAGGGGGCUCCCGUUCCGAGAGGGGCCGUGAAGAAAUCGCUCGAUGUCCACGACAGAGCAGAGCCAUGACUGACAGCCAGAGAAGCUGAGGAGACCUGUCACUCAUCUUCCUAUCAGCGUGUCAGAGGGCUAUCUCCUCUCGUCUCCCCCUGCUUCCUUUUCCUCCUCCGCCGCCGCCCUCCCUCCCUCUGUUCUCUCCCGUUAUCGUUUUGAAUGGGUUGGUAACCUCGCUAUCAUCGCCCGUCAUUCCGGAAAACCCGAGAGACACGGAAAUAGGGAGAAAAAACAAGCCACUUGUAAACCAGGCCCCACUCCGCCUGAAGGGAGUUUGCUAUGAGUCCUCCCUCCAGCUGAAUGAGCCGUGCAGGGUGCGAGUAGAAGAGGGAUUCCGUGCUCAUACGCCUUCUGAAGGAGAUACAGCUCCUUUGCAAAGGACCAGCCAUGCGCUUCCAGUUGGCGCUGGCGCUGCAGGCCGUGUGGACCAGCGUUUGCCAGGCGGCCAUGCAGCACUACCCUGCAGCGUGGGGCCACUACGACGUGUGCAAGUCCCAGGUGUACUCCGACGAGGGCCUGACCUGGGACUACAUGGCCUGCCAGCCGGAGGCGGCAGAUAUGACCCAGUACCUGAAGGUCACUCUGGACCCCCCCAACAUCACCUGUGGAGAUCCUCCAGAGACAUACUGUGCCCUGGAGAAUCCAUACAUGUGUAACAACGAGUGCGACGCCAGCACCGAGGAGCUCGCUCACCCUCCGGAGCUGAUGUUUGACAACGAGGGCCGCAACCCCACAACCUUCUGGCAGUCCACGUCCUGGAAGAAGUACCCGAAGGCCCUGCUGGUCAACAUCACGCUCUCCUGGAACAAGACCAUCGAGCUGACCGACGACAUCAUCCUGACUUUCGAGUCGGGUCGGCCCGAACAGAUGGUUCUGGAGAAGUCUCUGGAUUACGGGCGGACCUGGCAGCCGUAUCAGUUCUAUGCCACUGACUGCCUGGAUGCCUUCACCAUGGAGCCCAAGACGGCGCAGGACUUGACCCAGCACACCCUGCUGGACAUCAUCUGCACCGAGGAGUACUCCCGAGGUUACGUGUGGAAGUACGACAAAACGGUGCGCUUCGAGAUCAAGGACCGCUUCGCGCUCUUCGCCGGGCCGCGCCUGCACAACAUGGCCUCGCUUUACGGACAACUGGACACCACCAAGAACCUGAGGGACUUCUUUACCAUCACGGACCUGAGGAUCCGCCUGCUCCGGCCUGCGACGGGCGCCACCAUGGUGGACGAGAACAACCUGUCCAGAUACUUCUAUGCUGUUUCUGACAUCAAGGUGCAGGGCAGGUGCAAGUGCAACCUUCACGCCAACAGCUGCGUGUAUGAAAAAGAGAAGCUGAGCUGUGAGUGUGAACACAACACCACCGGGCCCGACUGCGGCCGCUGUAAGAGGAACUACCAGGGGCGAGCGUGGAGCGCCGGCUCCUACCUGCCCAUCCCCAAGGGCACAGCUAAUAUCUGUAUUCCUAGUUCCAUUGGUCCAGUUAUUCGGCCGAAUGCGUCGUCCCUAGGUGUCGCUAACAGAAAAGAAGACUGCGAAUGCUUCAACCACUCCACCCGAUGCAGCUACAUUGAGCUGCUAAACACCGUCAUUUGCGUGAGCUGUAAGCACAACACUAGGGGCCAGCACUGCCAGCUAUGCAAGCUGGGCUACUACCGCAAUGCCUCGGCAGAACUGGAUGAUGCAAAUGUGUGCAUAGAGUGUGAUUGUAAUCCCUAUGGCUCAGUCAGUGAUCGCUGUAAUGGCACAGGAUUUUGUAUAUGUAAGGAGGGAACGGCAGGGCCUAAGUGUCAGGAGUGUCUACCGGGCUAUUUGUGGGACGAUGGCUGCAAAUCCCGGGUGUGUGAUAAUGAACUCCUGCGCUGCCAGAACGGUGGAGUCUGUGUCAACAGCGUGCGCUGCAGCUGUCCCUCGGCGUACACCGGCGUGCUGUGUGAGAAGCAGCGCUGCGAGUCGGAGCUGGGCGGGUGCAUGGAGGCCGACUCGGGUCAGACGUCCCUGGAGGCGCCGUCGCGGCUCCGGCUGUCGCUGCUGCUGCUCCUGGGUUGGGCGCUGCUGAGGGAGGCCUCGUGCCGGCCCGCCGUGCUCUAGGGGGACUUCUGACCCGGCGGGGGGCGAUCCGCUCCCGCCGCCUCCACCUCAGCGCCCCCGCCCCGCCCCGCCCACCCCCACCCACACACACACACACACUCCCGCCUUUAAGUAACCGACGACCAUUGAACAAGAACGACC